AUGGGUUCUUUUCUUGGGCAUCUUCUUCCCGGGACUUUGUUUCUAGUCAUUGGUUUGUGGCACAUGUGGUGCUCUGUGGUAAGAUAUGCUUCGGACCCGAAUUCUUUCCGCGUCAGGGUUUGGAACCCGGUUCAUGGAUUUGGUGGUAGGCUCAAGUAUUUGGAGCUUUAUGUGAUUGCAGUUGGUGCUUUCAUUGAUAUGUGCAUAGAGUUUUUGUACUCAACUCAUCUCAAGAUUUUUGUUCAUGGUGUACUCAACCCGUCACAUAUGAACGAUUUUGAGCAUUCGGGCAUGCUUCUCAUGUUCUUCCUCUUCGGCGUAGUGGCUCUUCUUUCUGAAAAAACGAGCUUUAUUCCAUUGCCAGAAGGAGCUCUAUGCUUCAUAGCCUCUGCAGCAUUCACAGCCGAGUACCUAUUGUUCUAUUUCCACUCGACCACCCACAAGGGCCUCGAGGGAUAUUACCAUUUGGUCCUUGUGCUCCUUAUAUCCAUCUGCAUAAUAUCCACUAUAGCUGGGGCGAUUUUGCCGACUAGCUUCAUAGCCGAUACAUGCAGUGGCAUUGGCAUCACUUUACAAGGCCUUUGGUUUUAUCAGACAGCAUUCACUCUGUAUGGGUCGAUGAUGCCUGAAGGCUGUCGGCUCAAGGAGAACACGGUCAGCUGUCGUUCGAUUGGACAUGAAGUUCGUGGAGAAAUGCUUGCAAAUUUUCAAUUGUUUGUUCAGGUUUUUUGUGUUCUUGGAGGUUUAUCUGGGGCUUAUGUGUAUGCCGAGCGUAAAUUUGGGCAUUCCAGUGGUAGAUGA